UCUCUCUCUCUCUCUCUCUCUCUCUCUCUCUCUCUCUCUCUCUUCAGGUCAUUUUUGGGACUCACCGAUGGCUGCGAUAUCUAAUUCCUUGGUUUCAACCAAAAACCCUCAACUCCAGUUAUCAUCUGGAUCAAAUCUGAAAACUGCUGAUAAACUUCUGGGGAGUGUGUCUCCCACCAGCUUGUUACUCAAUCCUGGUUGGGUUGGAAAGGCGAAGCUUUCUACAUCCAGGCGGCCACUUUCAGUUCAAGCUGCAUAUAGUGAUGGCGGACGGUCAAGCAAUGCAGGCAUUUUUGUUGGAGGUUUUGUAUUGGGAGGGCUCAUAGUUGGCACGCUUGGCUGUGUAUAUGCCCCUCAGAUUAGCAAGGCACUUGCUGGAACAGAUCGAAAAGAAUUGAUGAGGAAACUUCCCAAGUUCAUAUAUGAUGAAGAAAAAGCUUUAGAGAAAACAAGAAAAGUGCUGGCACAGAAGAUAGAACAGUUGAACUCUGCGAUUGAUGAGGUUUCUUCUCAGCUCCGGACAGACGAUCCCCCAAAUGGAGUGGCCGUGAACUCUGACGAAAUUGAACCUGCCAUUUGAAAUUUGGUCUUCCUGCACCGCUCACAACUCUGCGACCUGGAAUAAUAGUUAAUUUUCUCUCUUGAACAUUUGAACCCGAGCUUUGAUGCUCCAUAAUGUGUCGUUAUGAUCGCUCAAAUGCUCCAUAUAAAGUUUAAUAGAUUUGUAGAACAGCAUUCCUGCGCCGUGUUUCCUAUUUUUUACACGAACAACGGGCUUUGUUUUGUAUUCGGAAGCCACUUAUUUCAUCCCUUCCGCCUUCUAGUUGCAUUUUA